AUGCUCCAAUCCAACAUCAUCAUCCCCACCACAGUCACCCCCACCACCAUCAUCCCUUCUACCAUCAUCCCCACCAGUAACAUUCUGAACACAACUAGUGAAGGGAGGCUAAGCUUUACUAACAGAGAACCACAAACUCCUCCAGAAUGGGAUGAAGCUACUAACAGGAGCAGUACCAGCCCCAGCUCCCAGCUCCAGUGGCUGCGUGAGGCUGAAAGAGAAGACGGAUCGUUCUCUGGUCGGCAGCAGGUUGAUUUGCAGGGCGUCUCCUCCGCGGCCCCGUGCAGCCUGAAGAAGGAAGCUUUCUGCUGUAAUGGAACAAGACUGCUGUGCUCUGGGGAGGACUCGGCCAAUACGCUUCUGAGCUUCUCAGAUCCUCCUCCGGGCAUUUCUCAAACCCGCAACCUCUCCGCAUCCUGGUACCAUCCUGAGAGUUCCUGUCCUCUUACUCAGCACCCUCUUGGGGCCGUCUUGGCGACACAGCCUGAAAACGCUGGGCACUUUGCCACCUGCUGCUUCCCAGAAACAGAUGCUAAGGCACCUCCAGCCCUGGGAAUCCGUGUUCACGCGGCUUCCAGAACAGCUCUUUGUCUGCUGCUGGACUUUGGGGACAAUCAUGGAGCUGAGAUGAAACUGAGUACAGUGACAGGUGCAGCUACCAUGACCGGCUACUACCAGUACAGGACAGAAGGAGUCUAUAAGCUCAAGGUUGUUGUCUCUGACUGUCAUGGCGCUGAUGAGGAACUGGGGCCCUAUUAUAUGGACAUUGGCCAUGGGAAUGUGUCUGUGUUCAUGAAUUCCAGCUCCAUCCACAAUAACGAAUCUCUUGCUUUUGCUAACUCCCUCCCACAGCAGGAAGGCACAGUCGUGGUGCAUUGUUUCUCAUCCGUUUCUUCAUACAAUGUGUCGUUUAUGUCUCAGACCCGAGUGGGCAGCAGCCAGGCCUGGAGUGGUGUGACUGUUGGGUAUACGAUGCAAUCCGUGUCUGUCUACACCAAUGGAACUGUGUUCGCUGCAGACACAAACAUCACAUUUGUGGCUGUUACCGAGGAAACUGUACCUCUGGAGUUCACUUGGUAUUUUGGAGAAAACCCACCAGUGACAACAACUUCCAGAAGCAUUAGAAGAAGGCUGAGCAUCCCUCAAUGGUACCGAGUGAUGGUCAAGGCCACCAGCAGGAUGGGCAGUGUGGUCUCCGAGCCCCACCUCAUCAGGGUGCAGAAGAGAAUCCUGGCCAAUCGGCUUGUGUCCACUGCCUCAGCCCUGGUAAAUGCCAACGUGUCCUUCGAGUGCAGGCUCAACUUUGGCACCGAUGUAGCCUACCUUUGGAACUUUGGAGAUGGCUCCAUUGAGUUGGGCAGCAGCUCCUCUGGCCAUGUCUACGACAGGGAGGGAGAGUUUACAGUUGAAGUCCUUGCCUUCAAUAACAUCAGCUCCGCCACCCUGAGAAAACAGAUUUUCAUUGUGCAGGAGCCUUGCCAACCACCCCCGGUGAAGAACAUGGGUCCUGCGAAGGUGCAGAUAUGGAGGUCUCAGCCCCUGAGACUAGGCGUGACGUUUGAAGCUGCCAUCAUCUGUAACAUUUCCCAAGGACUCUCCUACACCUGGAGCUUUGUGGGUGCUGAGGCGACCGCUGUCACCCUCCCUGCUGCUGUCAACACCCACAGACAGACCAUCAUGCUCCCAAGCUACACGCUGGAGUGUGGGAACUACACUGCCGUCGCCAAGGUUCAGAUCAAGGGAAGCAUGGUGUAUAGCAACUACUGUGUCGGUGUAGAAGUUCGAGCCAGGGCACCUGUCAGCGUGAUCUCUGAAGGCACACACAUCUUCCUCUCCAAGGCCACCUCAACCUCCAUCAUCCUGAGCGGGUCCCAGUCCUACGACCCUGACAACCCAGGGGCUGCUCUCAGGUAUCACUGGACUUGCACAGCAGCCAGCUCACCUAUAUGGCCUUGCUUUGAUGACUCUACUUCGUACCAAAUGGACACUCAAGCUCCUGCCAUUUCCUUCCCAGCAAAAUGGCUCAGUGAGUGCUGUGACCAGUUCCUUGUGACACUGACAGUCUCCAGCAGUGGACGGAACUCAUCACAGGCCUUGACGUUCCUCUCUACCCGUCCUGACCUGGCCUUCAGGUUCAUCCACGUCUCAUGGGUCAACUUUAGAGACAUCUCUGUGAACUGGAACGAAGAAGUGUCUCUCCGAGCUGUGUGUGAAGACUGUGGAGAUGUCUCAGACCUCACUUAUUCCUGGGACCUCUUCCUGGUCAAUGCAACAGAGAAGAAUGCAGUGGAAGGUAAAAGCUGCUACUCUAUUUUGCUGAUAGGAAAAGUUCAUGGACCUGUGGCAGGCUCGGGAGAGCCAAUGGAGGACUAUGGCUCACUGAGUCCAGCACCUAGUUCCCUGGCUGAGGAAGCCCUGAUGAUGAGCGACCCUGAGGGAAGUUGGCCCUUCCCCAGCUCCUCCACUGCCUUUGAUGGGAUCAGUGCAAACUUCCAGGAAGCAGGAUCAAGUCUGAGUGCUGAGGAGAGUGCCAGUUAUGGGGACAACCUGCUGGGCCCUUUCCUCCACACAGGCAGAGCAAAGCCAACUCUCAUGAUCGAUUGGCCCAAGGCCCUGGUCAGCCGAGCUGUCUUCCAUGGCUACACCACAUCAGGUAUCAUGGGACCAGAUGUGACAAUAAAACCAUUCUCAUUGAGCAGUGGCGAGAUGUAUGUCUUACAAGCUUCUGUAGCCUCAAAGCAUGUCUUACUGGGCAAGGCUCAGCUCUACUUAACAGUCAACCAGGCUCCACAGGACAUGUCUUGUCAGGUGCGACCUCACCGUGGUAUGGAGGCACAUACCAUCUUCAGUAUCUUCUGCAUGUCAGGAAAACCGGAUUUUCAUUAUGAAUUUCGUUACCGGAUAGGAAACGCUUCCUCACACACCCUGUACCGAGGACAAGAUACCCAGUAUUAUUUUUUAUUGCCAGCUGGUGAUUCUUCAGACAGUUACAAAGUCAUUGUUUCAACUGAAGUCACAGAUGGCCAAGGCUCCAAGGUGCAGCCAUGUACCGUGGAGGUGACUGUGCUGCCCCGUUACCAUGGAAACGACUGUCACGACAAGGACCUAUAUAACUCCACCCUGGAAAACCUGUCUACUCUCCAGCUGGUGGGAAGUUACACGGAAAUCAGGAACUACAUCGCCAUGAUCACUGGAAUCCUGAGCCGCUUGUAUGUGGAGAGCAGAAACACUUCUUCGUGUGGUCAAUGGUCACAAAUACAGGAUGUAUUAAUUUUUUCAGCAUGCAAAGUACCUUAUACAGAUCAGGAAACUAUGAUGGAUUCUAUUCAUAUAUUGAGAGACCUCAUAAGCUUCCCUAAUAAGCUGAGCUUGAUGAGUGCCGAGCUCAUCUACAAAUACGCCCAGAUGUUCCUUGCUCAAGGUCAAGUCUCCAGGAGGUUGCUGGUCGACGAAAAACUAAGAGUUGAAUUUAUCCUUCUCAUCUCUGGAGUCUGGGAAGCUGCCAAAGAAGACGUGAGGGAUGGGUACUAUCUGCAAAAAGAAGGCAUGAAGAUCGUCUCUGACAUGUUACUAGCCUGUCUCUCCUUGAGCCCCAAGCAUCAGAUUCACAUAAGCACCGGGCAGAUGGAGUUCCAGACUCUUGUUCAUCGUAGCCCUCAGAGCUCUAUCCAGAACCUAGGCUUCAUCCGGGUACAUUUGCCCAAUGACGUGGCCUUGCACAGUCCUACUCAAGAGGAAACACAAAGCCCAUGCUACAUCAGCCAGCUCACAUUCUUCAUGAAGAGUCCAUAUUCAGGGGAACAGGCUCCUGGGCAGUUGGGUGGUGUCAUGAGCCCUUGGCUCUACAGCUGCAAGAGCAGAAGACCUAUCCUCAGAGGACGACUGGAGACACCUGUGACUAUAGAAUUUGGGGAAGAAGACCACCUGCACAAGAAAAAUCCAGCCAUGUUUGUGUUGCUUCGGGAUGAGGUGAAUGUCCAUCAGUUCACUGGACUUUCAGAAAACUCCCAGGAAUCUUUACAGAUACACAUUGAAUUCUCAAAGCCUGUUAUAAGAGCCUUUCCCAUCAUACUGUUAGUAAGGUUCUCUGAGAAAGCCACACCUUCUGAUUUUCUCAUGAAGCAAGUCUACUUCUGGGAUGAGCAGACUGUACAAAUGUAUGUACCUGCUGCCCCAUGGAGAGGAGCCAAUGUGGGAUACUUAUCCCUAUUAGAUGCUGAUUAUGACAGGAAACCUCCAAAUAAAUAUCUUGCUGGGGCUGUAAACUAUACGGUGCAUUUCCAGUGGAUCCAAUGUGUGUUUUGGGACAAGACAGAGUGGCGAUCCGAAGGUCCCUGUCCACAGCCAGGAACUUCUCCUGAAAAAGUCAACUGCAGCUACCAUCGCCUUGCACCUUUCUCUGUCCUAAGAAGAAAGCUGAAUGCCACUUUUCAAGUGAGCAGCGUUUCUGAGUUUCAGAGUCACCCACACAACUUGCUUCCCAGUAUUUUCAGUGUGUUUUUCUUGGUUCUUUAUGGAUUUUUGAUGAGUAAAAGCAGCUGUGUAGAUUGUCAUAAGAAAAAGGAUCCUGGUUGUAUUUUUCUGGAAGAAGAAGCACUGCUUGGCCACCAGCUGUAUGCAGUUGUCAUUGACACUGGCUUCCGGUCACCAGCCAGAUUUACCUCAAAGGUUUUCAUUGUUCUAUGUGGUGAAAAUGGACACUCAGAAACCAAAGAACUUUGCUGUCCAGAGAAGCCCUUGUUUGGAAGGAACUCCAGGCACACCUUUAUCCUGAGCACGCCUCACCAACUGGGUCCACUCCAGAAGAUCCGUCUCUGGCAUGACAGUAGUGGACUUUCCCCAAGCUGGUUCAUCAGCCACGUGAUGGUGAAGGAGCUAUGCUCAGGACAAGCCUGGUUCUUCUCUGCUCAGUGCUGGCUGGCUGUGAGCAAAAGGGGUGGCCAGGUAUUAGGCGAGUUCUUCUGCCUGAGCCAUGGUCUCAGUUUCUGGAAGCUUUUCUACUCGAAGUUCACGGAGUACCUGGAGGAUUUCCACAUCUGGUUCUCACUGUACAGUCAGCCCCCAUCCAGCAACUACCUACACACACAGCGACUUGCUGUGUCCUUCUGCCUGCUGUCUGUCUACUCAUGCCUCACUGCCCUUGUCACUGUGGGGGGCCACGAACAGCGCCCCCUAGGUGUGGGUCCUACAGCUAUCACUCUGGACUCCUUCAGUCUUGCUCUGCUGUGCACCAUCCUGGCCUGUCCACCUGCACAGCUCCUAUCACUGCUCUUCAGGUGCAGCAAGUGGACUUUGCAAUCUAACAGUCUGACUGCCUGGAGUUGCCUGGAGGCCACCAGUAUUGGCCCCAUGCAUCCCAUAUCAGACCUUCUUCCUGGGACUGACCAAGCUUGGAGGAUGACAGCCAGCAACAGUGCUCCCAGUAGUGGUUUUGAAGAACUUAGGCCCCAGCAGUCAAGGGUCUGUCUGCUCUGGUCAAGCUCUGUGGCUUGGGCCAUCUCUGGCACAGCUUCCCUGGCCUGUGGUUUGGGGACAGGAUUCCUAGGCUACAAGUUUGUGCCAGCACAGUGUGUGUGGUGGCUCCACCUGCUGCUUCUCUCUCUGGUCUGCUGCGCACUCAUCACCCAGCCACUCAUGAUCUGUUUGGCAGCAUCGGCCUUUGCUUGGAAACGGAAACAUGACAGUGAGUUUUUUACUGAGUCAUUACAAGAUGCAACCAAGGGUCUGGAUUUGGAAUUGGAAGAACGUUCCAGAACCCACAUUCCUCUUUCUCCUGUCUCCUAUAGUCCUGACAGUGCUGAGGAGGCUGAAAGGGUCUUGGCUGCCCGACAACGAGAACGCCACCUGCGCUGGGCUCAGACACCAUCCGGGCCAAAGUUCAGAGUGAUGAGGGAAAGACUAAGGAGAGAGCGCCUCAUGCAGGCAGCCCUGAGAGACGUGACCAUGCAUAGCGUCAUGCUACUGCUGCUUUUGUUUAUAGCAUAUGGGAGAUUCUGCCCAGGUGAAUAUUCUCUCAAUCAAGCCAUCAGAAGGGCAUUUACAAGAAAUGCCCAUCACUCCUUGGGGGACCUCAGCAGCACGGAAGACUGGUGGGACUGGACGCUGAGCACCCUGCUAGAUGGGCUGCACCCAGAAAGAAUGCCUGCUACAGCUUGGGGGUCUCAGCCUGGAGCUCUUGGAGGGCAGUGCCACCUAAUAGGCCCCUCGGUGAUCAAGCAGUUGAAGGUUUCUGCUGGCACUGCAUGUGUGGCUCCCAAGCCAUUCUCAGAGCUCGUGGAAGAUGUACUCCCUAUGCAUAGUCACGCCCUUGACCUUGAGAACCGAAAUGUGACCCCUGAUGAUCCUAAGACCUGUGGUGUGAAGAAAGAGAGCUACACGCAUAGUCUAGGAAGAACAAGGCAUGAAGCCCAUGCAGCUCUGACUGCCCUCAGAGCCAGCAGGUGGAUUGACCACAGCACGAGGGCCGUGUCUGUGCAUUUCACUCUCUACAACCCUCCAACACGACUCUUCACGAGUGUGACCCUGGGUGCAGAAUUUCUCUCCACACGAGGUCUUGUCUCCUCAUCACUGAUAGAGUCCUUCAGCAUCUUCUACCGUGACUCAGCCCUACAGUGCCUCCUCAUGCUUUCUGAGCUGCUGUUCCUGGUACUCAACAUGAUCCACCUCUGCUUCCAGCUCUGGGAGAUGGCAACCAAGGGUAUUCUCAGCUACUGGAGAAAACCAAGACAAUGGCUGGAGCUCUCUAUGGUUGGUGUAGCACUGGCCUACUGUGCAGCCUCCGGUCACCUCACUACUCUUGCUGAGAACAUCACUGACCAGUUCCACAAAGGACUUUACCAGAGGUUUGUGGACAUCAGCCUGAUGGUGUCAUGGAAUCAGCGAGCACGAUGCCUCCAGGGAAUCCUCCUGUUCCUCUGGAUGUUAAAAUGUGUUCAUCUCUUCAGUUCUCUAAGCACCAUGGCACCCUUCUCUGCAAUGAUGGGCCAUUGUCCUGGGGUUUUCUCCCUGCAGCUGGUGGGGGCCCUAUUGCUGGCUGCCCAUUCCCACUUGCGCUGGUUUCUGCUCUACACCUCGACACUGUCGCGUGGCACCUCUGCAGAGGCAUUUCCUGGGCUACUGCUUCAAUUUCCGGGAAGAAGUCAAAAAGACUCACAGCACAAUCAUUUGGAGUCUGACCACAGGGCUGUGAAUUGUUACUAUGGGACCCUCUUUCUGUUGCUGGCUACCCUGGGUUUCAGAAUGCUGAGAGCCACCUCCUUGACUCUUUUCCAAGACAGAAAGUCUUUUCACAGAAAAUCUCUCGUGACACUAAAAGAUGUUGCUGUUUCUAUGUGGCAUAGACUCCUCACCUUUCUGAGGUUGGAAACAACAACUUCAGGAGAGACUGAGGUGACUACGGACCAUAUUUAUUACCUGGAUGAAUUUUCAAGUCUAUUGGAUGAACUUCUCAUGAAGAUCGACGGUUUGUCUGACAGCCUAGAACUUUCUAUCCUAGAAAAACAAUGGAGGAGGACAGUGGAGUCAAGGACUGGGGACAGUCCUUCAGUUGGCAUUUUGGAGUACCAAGCUGCUGGGGUAAGACCGUACAAAUUAUUUUCGUUAAUGUUCCACGCCGCUAUUUUUACGUUCUGAAGUUGGUUUGAGAUCAUGAGGUGGAUUGGCAUAAAAACCCGCUAAGAAUAAUUACUAGUGGAAAGAUGUGCUCCAGCCAGAACUGGUUAAAUUAUUUAAAGUGCACUGCGAGACUUGAAGUUUCCAAUGACAGUGUAGGUCUGUCCCAUCAUUUCCGUUUGUAAGCGUAAUCAAUAAAGACUGGGAAGUAAAACCGGAAAGCGCAUCUCCCUAGAGAUGAAGGGUGUGUGUGUUAGCACAGAAGGUAACUAAGAGGCUUCCUGAAUGUGCUGGGGAUUAGAGCCAAGAGCGCAGGGGGUGCUGCCGUGUGCGAGAGCAUGCAUGGGCCUCCAGGUCAGCAUAUCUGGAGGUGCCAAUCAAAGGGGCGGGCAAAGGGGCUUUACCUCUAAAACAGAAGGGUGGCGAACACAGCAGGAUGUUCUCUCACAGAAAAUAAUUCGGGGAAGAAAAUCCUUCUCUGAAAGUAGGAUACGAAGAUAAGAAGAAAGAGCACAAAGAUAAACAUUUUUUUAAAAAAGAAUAAGUUGACAAAAGUGAGCAAUGAGUUACUAUAUAUCCAAAGUUAUGGGAAAACGCAUUUCUACACACAGUGAGGAGAUGAAAAGGAGCCAUGGAUUCGCAAGAAGAGAGACAAAUGGCUCAACAAAAGUAACUUAAAAAUCGUUAAAGCUUAUUUUAGGAAUCAUAAUGAACAGAGAAAUCUGAAAAAGACAGCCGGACUUGGGUCAGAGAAAGGGUGAAGGUUUAGAUCGGUACAGAUGUUUCCCCACUGACAACAGGGGACAACCUAACAAGACCACUGCGACUUGAGAUAUAGUACACAGCAAGGCAUUUUGGUCCAGCAGGACUGCUGAGUGGCAGAAUUAGCAACACAGCAUGGCACGGGGCCAGGUCCCACUGGGCCUAAUCAGAAUCUGAAGCUCUGAGUAUAGCCUCUGCAGAAUGCACCAUCAUUUCUUUUUUUUUUUUUUUUUUUUUUUCUUUUUUUCGGAGCUGGGGACCAAACCCAGGGCCUUGCGCUUGCUAGGCAAGUGCUCUACCAC